AUGAGUCACAAACGCACCAUGAAAUUCCAACAAGCGGUGUACAACAUCGGAUAUCCGGCGUAUGGGGCCAGGUUUCUCAAUGACAAUGUCUUGCUGGUUGCGGGCGGCGGAGGAGAGGGCAACAAUGGCAUCCCCAACAAACUGACUGCCCUUCAGGUGAGCUUUGACAAGCGGAAGGUGAUCAAGCGUUUCCGGGAAUUGACAUUAAACGAGAACGACGACUCACCAACUACACUUGAUGCGGCCAACAACAUUAUUCUAAUGGGGUGCAACGAAAACUCUGAGAAGAUCAAGGCGACAGGGGAGAACCUGCAUUUACGCAAGUAUGUCUUCGAAAAUGAGCACCUGAAGUUUGUAGCUAGCAUUGACAUGGAUCAUUCGAGCAAGUUCGAAGACUACACUAAGCUCACGUACAUGUCUCAGGAUGGAUCUGUGGCGGCGAUAGCAUCAUCCAAGGUGCCCACAGUAAUCCGCAUCAUGAACCCUAACCUGCUCACUGAGACCUACGAAAUCGAAACCGGCAACGACGUCAAAGACCUUCAUUUCAGUCCUGAUGGCAAGGUGCUCAGCUACAUUACAUCCUCUACUCUAGAGGUGAUCUCCAUUGUGACGGGCCGUUUCAUUGUAAGAAAAACCGACUUUGACAAGAGUUGGGCGCUUUCCAAGAUCAAGUUCAUCGGUGAGGACACAGUCCUAAUUGCCGCUGCUCUGAAGAAAGGAACAGGGAUUGUCUUGUCCAAGGUGAGCUUGAAGAGUGGCACAACGUCCGUACUCAAAACUCGGCUCGUCACCACUAAGCUCAGAGGAGUUACGUCGAUGGACGUCGAUCCAACGGGUCAGCUCGCUGCGCUCUCGGGAAAUGACAACUCCAUCGUGCUUGUGCGUCUAAAAAAUCUGACGGUUGCCAAAUUCUUUAAGCAAGUCCACUCCUUUGCUAUCACUAAAGUGGCCUUUUCCCCCAACGGGAAGAUACUUGCUAGUGUCUCUGCCGCUAACACUAUCCAUGUCAUUUUGGUACCUGACAAGCUUGCCACGUCCGUUCCUAUCCUUGAGCGGAUCGUCAAGCUCUUUAUCAACUUUGUCUUAAUUGUUGUCGUUGCUGCUGCUGUACAGAUAUCCUACAAGUAUGACUUGCAUACCAAAGCGUACCGUUAUGGAGUUGCCAAAUGGAACGCCAGAAGGGACUCUUUCAUCAUGAACGAUGUUUUUCGCCAGACCACUUUGGUAGGUGACGUUGUCAGUAUUGAAACCCACACAAACUUUGCUCCUACCGAGAGCUCUUCGGUUAAUACGCCAAUCUAUGAAACAACUGUCCCAGAGCUGUCAACAACAUCCCCGUACUCGAGCUCUUGGUCUAGCCCAGUACCAGAGGACCCGCUAUUGACUUCAGAUGCAAGCACUGUUGAAGAACCAGAAUACUUUCCAAGCUCUCUUGAGGAAAUCUCAGCGGAGAAUGAAAGCGCCAACUCAGAAGCUUCUUCAUCUAUGACAGUUUCUGCAUCUAUGACAGCUUCAAUUUCUGGAGUUCAGGAAAGCGCUGUCUCAGCAAGCGAAGAAAAACCCACUCAAGCAACUCAAAAGUCAUCUAGUGAAUCGGAAGCUCUGCUUUCGGACUCAAAUGACAUUAGCACGGAAAAUGGGCUUAAUAAAAGCAAAGCGCAGCAACAAUUUUACGAAGUUGAUAAAACUUUAGAGCAGCAACCAACACCCACAUCGGUGCAAAGCUCAGACGUCCACUCGGGAAUUUCUCUGACAGCAGGAAAUUCCAAGGGCGAAGAAGCAUCGCCGUCGCACAAGAUCUCAUCGGCUUCGUCUGGAGCUUCUAGCAACAUAUCUCUGGGGGAACCAGUUAGCAAACUACCCUCAGCGUCUAAAGCUUCCCCUAUGGAUACACCUAUUGAAGAAAGCUCGCCCGAAACGCGAGUGGCAGUAUCAGAAGAAAGCUCAAAAAGCGCUUCAACGGUCCCAGAGUUAACGCCAAAAAUUGCUAGAGAUGUUUCAAACGAAAAACCUGUUGAGAAAUCUGCGAAUGCAAUCCCUGAGGCAUCCACACAAGCCUUAUCGCCUGCACUGGCAGAAGCACCCGUGAAAACACACUCAUCAUUCUCGAAUCAAGAAGCUACUUCCCUAACCACCACACCAGCAUUUUCAGCUACUGGGCGCGUCGCUAGUGCUGAUUCUCCAAAAAAAGCGAAUUCAGAGUUUGGAGAACUCCAGGAUACUGAAAGAGAAAGGGACUUUGACUUGAAAGCCUCAGCUGGAGCCUCAGAUGCAAUCAGCUCAGAGGAGCCUGUAACAGAGAACAAAACCUAUGAUGCUUCUUCUCCCUCAUCAUUCAUUUCGGACACUACCAACACUCAAAUUGCCAGCUCACCAAUUGCUAACUCGGUAUCUAGUACUAUCGCAAACUCCUCUUUAUCCUCAGAAUCCAAGAAAGCCAAAGAAAUAAACACUUCCUCACCUUCACGUUCCCAGGAACCCGCCAGAUCAGAGAUUAUUACUACAACAGCUAGCACUGCAGUUGAAGACAAGAGCGCUGCCCCUACAACUUUGAGCCAGGCUAUUUCUCAGGACGAGAGUGAUGGUUCUAAAGCAAAAACAGAAUCGAAUGUGAUCCCAACUCAGGCCUCAGCCACUGGAAUUGUCUCUCCGGUCCAGUUAAUGGCUAGCACAGAGUCGUCCAAUUUAAACAAGGUACCAAAAUCUUCCAACAGUGCGCAAUCUGAAACAGAAGUUGCUGAAGCUAAGGUGCAUUUAAGUACACCAGAAGAAUUGCAAAGCACCGAAAAGACUGAUGAAAUAAAAACAAGUUCUCCACACAUUUCUUCAUGGGGCAAAAAUCCUUCUUCCAAUACCAACGCACCAACGAACUCAAUCGCUCUUCCUGAUGAUUUCGAGAACAGAUUCACUCCAGAAGAUGAAACUUACUCUGAAGAGAAGCGUUCACCUAUUGAAGAUGAAGAGCUGGAGGCUGAUGCGCAAAUAUAUUCAGAGCAAGUCUAUCCUUCUCAGAUUGAGGUUGCUGAUCCGCUGCCACAAUCCACCCCUGAGCCAAGUGUGUCAAGAGAACCCAAAGAUACAGAGAGCUACUCGGAACCUGUUGGCUCACAAUCUGGUGAUAGCACCGCCGGAAGUUCAUCUGUUAGCGCAUCGGGCUCAGUGGAGGAAACCAGCGCCACUUCAAUGCAGACUGAAGUGACGCAUGAUGAGCUUUAG